AUCCAACGGAUGGAGGAUGCAGAGGGCAUUCGACGGUCCGCGGGAAAUUCCCCCAGCAAUGGCGGGAAAAACUGGUAGGAAAAGAAAAGGACUCAACUGCUUUUUCUAUUAUUUAUUUCACUAGUUAUUAUUUUUUUUUCUUAUAUUUUCCUUAAUUAAUAAGUUUCGGGAUUGAUUUUUCCCCCCGGAGGACAGAGACAACGCCGUUUCCCGCUUCCGGCCAUCACGCGUUGCCGGGCCCCACUCGCCGACUUCCGUUACAGCGUUCCGUUUACCACCUGUAGUGCAAAAUUACGACAAUGGGUUUGGGAUAAGUAAAUUUGCGCCAUCUUGAAGCCCUAAUCCAGAAAGGAUAGAUAUGUAAUUUGAUUGUCUUCACCUGGCAACACCGUUUCUUCUUCUCGACCAUGGACCAUGGUCAAUUGUCAAACAGAGCAGCUUAAUUAAUUAAUUAAUUAAUUAAUUAAUUUCCGUUGUAGAAAAGAAAAGGAGCUUUGGAGUAAGAAAAAAAAAACCGCUGGUGGUUUCUUUCUUUUGCCAACUUUAACCUCCACGAAUACUUGCCUCUCUCUUUCUCUCUCCGAUGACGUGGCGUUAUCCAAUUGGUGUGUUGGCAGUCGUCGGGAUCCAUAGCCUACACUGCCAUUAAGGAAAAACCAGUCACACUCUCUCACCAUUUCUCUCUCUCAUAGAAGAAGAAGAAAAAAAGAGCAGCAGCAAAGCAGAGCACUCUUCAUCAUUUUUUUCGGGUGCUUGGUGGGGUUUUCUCCCGGCAAAGAAACCACCACUGAUCACUCGAAUUCUUCCCUCUUCCGAUCUCUCCAACCGAAGGAACCGCAAUCGGCAAUGCGCGAUCUCCAUUCCGGUUGUGGUUUCGGGUCCUGAUGUUGUGAAAUUGGGGAGUUACUUUUUUAGUGAGAAAAGAGGAAUACAGAGUGUGAAUAGAAAAACAGGGGUGGUUAAAAAAUGCUGGAGGCAAUGGAGAGUUCGGUGAACGGCGGCUACAGAGGAGGAGGAGGGUUCUCGCAGUUUCAGAGCUGCGGGGACAGCAGCGAGGAGGAGCUCUCCGUGCUGCCGCGCCACACUAAAGUGGUGGUGACUGGGAAUAACCGGACCAAAUCGGUGCUUGUGGGGCUGGAAGGCGUUGUCAAGAAGGCUGUUGGUCUCGGCGGUUGGCAUUGGCUGGUUCUGACUAAUGGCAUAGAAGUGAAGCUGCAGAGGAAUGCUCUUAGUGUGCUGGAGCAUCCAACUGGUAAUGAAGAUGACGAAGAUCUCGAAUUCGAGACCGUGCAGUGGAAUGUUUCAGAGAUGACAUCUGAUGAUACCCAGAAAUCCCAGAUAUCGCGUCAUAAUAGGACGCACAAGUCAUCAGGAUCAUCUCACAAGUCCUUCAGCAGAUCUGUAUCUUGUGACUCACAAUCCAAGAGUUCUGUUUCUACUCCUCAUGGGUCUGCUGCCGCGAAGGUUGACCUUAGCAAGCUGGAGAUGGCCGCAUUGUGGAGAUAUUGGCGACACUUCAAUCUGAUGGAUGCUUUCCCUAAUCCGUCGAAGGAGCAGCUAAUCGAGGUCGUUCAAAGGCACUUCAUGUCACAGCAAAUGGAUGAGUUGCAGGUGAUCGCAGGAUUCGUUCAAGCAGCAAAGCGAUUGAAGACGGUAUGCAAAUGAUGAACCACAAAGAUACUAUCAUUUUGAGAUGUUGAGUUUGAAGGUCACAUCUCAAUGCUAACCAGAUUUUCCCCUCUUCCCUUCUGGGAUGUCCAUCUUCUUCCCCCUUUUGUUUACUCUUCUCUGUCUCACUAGCGUUAUUACUUACUAGUAGAAGAGAAGAGAAGAGAAGAGUUUAUAGUAUGUAGAUAUAUAUAUUAUAAUAAUAAGAAUAUUAUAUAUAAAGAAAUAUGUACGGGCAGGGUGAGCUGGAGGGAAGACUUUUGGUUUUUUUAAUUCUGAAUAUUGUGGACAAAUGUGAAUGUGCUGCUGACUGACUGUGGGGAGAAAGUUGGGAUUUUAGUUGAAAAUUGUAUAUAUAAAAUCUACCUUUGUUAUUGUCUCAUUCCCUUUUGCUCUACUACUUAAUUACUGUACUUAAUGUUAUCUUAUGAUUGUUAAUGGUAGUGGGAGUCAAACUUAUGAGAACUUUGUUUCUUCGGGGAGAAUGACACAAAUAUUGUGUUUUUUAUUAAAUUUAUCAUCAAUAUGGCGGAUUAAAAAGUAUUAACAAGUAUAUUGUGUUUUGGAGAAAAAGUUAGGCGAGGCCACCUGAGACUGAGGCGUCACCACCUGAAAUUCAGGUGAAUAGGUGGGAAGAAAGUCCCAGGUGUUGGCGCCUGAGACUGAGGUGGUACCGCGAAGAACAAUCCUAAUUCUAACCUGAAACCCUGAACCCUAAACCAGCGAAUUUCGUAUCAGUUAUUCACACCACAAAUGGCUAAUAGGUAAGAGACAUAUUUAUUUUUUUAAUUAUAUUAUUCAAAUGCUAUUAUGAUUGUGUUUAGUUUAAUUAGUGAGUUUUUCUGUAGUGAUUUUAGAAGAUUUGAACUAGUUGUUUGGUGGAAAUCGGAGAAAGUAGAGAAUAAUUUGGGCGUCAAAUUCGUUGGUGGUGGUAGUUUUCACUUUUCAGUUGACGGUUUUUCAAAUGUAAUAGUUGUGGUUUGAAGUAGUUGUUGUUUUUCAAAUAGUUGUUAUGGUUUAAGAAGGUUGUUGUUUUUCAAAGGCAAAAUACACUAGCAUAGCCACAAUUAUCGAGUUUGUGACAAUAAUAGCCACUUUUUGAAAAAUACACAGAUAUAACCAUAAUUUUAAAACUUAUUUGUCAAAUUUAGCCAUUUUCGUUAAAUACUUUAACACCGUCAAUUACUCAGUCAAUUAAGUGGACGCUAAACUAACGUGGAUGCAACCUAAACCACACGUCAUGUCCACCUCAUCACUCCAUACCACAUGUACGACACGUCACAUUUUAAAUUAAAAAAAAAAAUCAUAUAUCUCUACGCCAUCGCCGCCCAACAAAUAAAAUCUCUCACCCAAAAAACUCUAAUCCCAUCUUCCUUGAAGCUGCGGUGGUGACGGGCUGCUGAGCACGGAUCUCGUUCAGGCAAAGAAGCAGUGCAUCGAGAUAUUUCUCCGACGACCCUUGCUCCUCAUUCUCCGGCCGGAUUCCUGGGUCCUUUUGUGGCGACGGGCUGUCGUUGCUUUGUUUUCCAAUUCCAUAGAGAAGACGACCCAAGUUGUUGAAACUGCAACCUUUCCCUCGUCCACUUUCCCAAACUCAAACACUCAAAUCCUCUUCUUCUAAGACCUCUUUUUGAUUCUGCCCGAAACAAAACCCACACGAAGGAAGUCAAAUCGAUGAAACCCCACUGAAAAACCCACCGCGAGUAAAUCAAAUCCAAGAAAGAGAACAAAUCUCAUCUCGAACCCUAGAAUCAAAUUGAACAAAUCUCUCGGUCUCACUUCUUAGUUGCUUCGUCUCCUUCCCUUCCCGAAUCGAUCAAGACGGUGAGGUCGGAGAAUAGAAUCGGUCGUUGUCGAUGACGGCGCUGGAACUCGAGGCUCUUGUGGUCUCUUGAAUCAAUUUCGGGGAGGACUCUUGUCGAAGAUUGGGGAUGACUGGGUGAAAUGAUGUGGGAUGGACGCCGGGAGAACGCGCUAUAGGAAGGAAGGGUCUCCGGCGAAAGGGUGUGUUGAUUGGAGGGUCUUUGUCGAUCGGAAACAAUGGUGGGUGGAGGGUUUUUUCAGGUGAAGAGAAGAGGAGGUGGUCUGUUGAAGGGGAAGACCUUUCGCUUCCUCUUUGUGUUUCUUUUUAAUUUUAUAUAAAUAAAAAUAGCUAAUUUCCACCCGGUUAGUUUUUUUUUUUUUAUCAAAACAUGGCAUGUCAACCAUAAUCGUUAGUCCAGUCAUUCGCAGCUAGUCCGUUAAAGUUUUUGACGGAAUGGCUAUUUCUGUGUAUUUUUUAAAAAGUGGCUAUUAUUAGCAAAAAGUGGAUAGUUAUGGCUAUGGAGGUGUAUUUUGCCUUUUUCAAAUGUAGUAGUUGUUGUUCUUGGCCAAAUUAUAAAAUGUCUGAGUUGUC